AUGAACUGUCUUAUUGGCCCAAAGUACAGACACUCUGGGCCGGGCUUGGCCAGUCCUCAGGUGUACAACCAGUGGCUGCCUUACCGCCAUGACGCCAGCCUGCUGCCCAUGAAAGAAGAUCUUGCCUUCUGGCUCAACACCCUCAUGGGUGUGGACCUCACAGCAGACAGUCUGAUGGAGAGGUUGGAUAACGGCAUCCUGCUCUGUCAACUUGCACAGCUGCUCCAGGAGAAAAUGAUCCACACCAACAACAGCAAGGUACUGUAGCAACACAAACCCUUCAUGAAAAGAGUGAUCCACUGGCGAGCUGAUGCAACUUCUGGAUCAUUUUUCGCCCGAGACAAUACUGCAAACUUCCUCUACUGGUGCCGAAAGAUUGGCGUUGAUGAGGCUUACCUUUUUGAGUCAGAGGAUUUGGUCCUCCAUAAACAACCGUGGGAGGUGUGCCUGUGCCUGAUGGAGCUGGGACGGAUUGCAGCCAGGUAUGGAGUGGAGCCUCCGGGGCUGGUGAAGUUGGAGAAAGAGAUAGAGAGGGAGGAGGCGGGGUGCUUAUCUCCACCAUCCCCCCUGACUCCUCGUUCCUCUUGCAAAUCCACAAGCCGGAGGAGCACAGGCACCAACAACAUUUUGGAUGAUAUUGUGAGAAAAAUUAUCGAAAAUCCCCCCUGCAGCUGUCCUACCAGGUUCCUUGUUGAGAAGCAACCUAAAGGCGGCUACCGUGUUGGGGAGAAAGUUCUGUACAUACGAAUGCUGAAUGAGCGUCAUGUGAUGGUGCGCGUAGGUGGAGGCUGGGAAACCUUUAUAAGUUACCUGCAAAAACACGAUCCCUGCAGAGGAGGAGGCCCGGUCAAUAGAUCUGAGGUCAGGUUCUGUAGGGACAAAGUGAAGCCACCCAGUUUGAACAUCUCACCUGACAGCUACAUGGUGGUUGGUGCCCAUUAUUGUGGCAAGAAGUAGACUUCAAACUCCUUGCUGCUGCUUCUGGCUCUGGGAAGCAGCGGAGAACAUUUCACUUUAAUCAGACCAAACUGCACAAAGCUAAUGAUUUAACAUAUAGUUCAAAUCCUUUUUACCUCAAUUUCAAAAGGAAAUCCAACUCUCUCUAAAGAUUUUCUUACCUUAUUGUUAUCUAUAUGAAUUAUCAAACAUACUAGACAAUUUGGAGUAAUUGGCAACAAAUUAAUAAAUCGAAAAAUCGGCUCAGUCACUUAUUUUUAUUUGA